UUGUACUUUUACAGAACUUCUGAAAAAUUCUAUUUAGGUUGGGAUCUUUGGUUUAUUAUCAAAUGCGGUCGCAAUGAUUACGGUUCGGAAAAAUCCUGUUCUACGAAAUGGUUUCGGAAUGCUUUGUUUCUCUCACUGUACAGCAAAUUUUGGUGUGAUGCUUGUAUUCGUCCUAUGGGUGACGCCUAUGACAUUUUUACGGCUGCCUCUUCUAGGCGAAGUGAAUUAUCCUCUCAACUGGUUGGGAAAAUCCUAGGUCAGAUAAAUAUAAUGUUUUGGGACGUUUGUGUCUAUUCACAUCUAUUAAUCUCCGUUAAUCGUAUAGUGGCUAUAACUUUACCUCGUCAAGCAUCUAAUCUUUUCAACUUCAAAAGGACAUUAUGCUUAAUGAUGCUCGUUUGGUUUAUUGGCUUCUGCCAUAUUAUACCGUACUUCUGGUGGAAUAGCUGCUAUAUACGGUAUAAUGCCACGCAAUGGGUAUUUGAAUUUGCUAAUACUCAAUGUGGUUUCGUUAUUUCGACAUAUACGGAUAACUAUACUAGCACUGCUGUUACAGCUGUUAUAAUUAUACUGGACUGUACUACCCUAGUAAAGCUGAGAAAUACCAACAAGGCGAUCAAAUCUGGGCAAAUGGGCAGCGUAAAACAUGAGAUCACAGUCUAUGUGUCCGCAUAUGGCAUAUGGAAUGACUACACAUGUCCGCAGUUUGUGCAAUUUUUCGUGCAAGUUGUUUAACU